UCAGGAUCUCAGGACGGGAACAUGUGAGCAGGGAAUGGGCGACUGGAAACAGGAUUAUUGUUCUACACAGCAGAGAGACGCAGGAGGGGCCCGGGACAGGAGAGACACGGGGACACUGUGACAAACCCGAGGUGAUUUUUGUUUGACUUUUUUUAUAUAUAUUUUUGGAGAGAUCGUGGACAUAUCUGGCCAAAGAUGAACACCAUUGUUUUUAACAAGCUGAGUAGCCAGGUCCUGUUUGAGGAGAAGGCGAAGGAGGUGGAAAUGAGCAGCAGAAAUUAUCUAGAAGUGAUCGACGGGCAACAUCAAGACCUCCUCUCCAGCAACCAUGGCAUCAGAGACAACCAGGCCAUCAGACACAGGCGGAACGGGGGUCGUCCCAGCGGCGGUAAAGUCCGACACAAGCGUCAGGCCCUGCAGGAUAUGGCGCGGCCGCUCAAGCAGUGGCUCUACAAGCACCGAGACAACCCCUACCCCACCAAGACGGAGAAAAUCCUGCUGGCCCUCGGUUCGCAAAUGACCCUUGUCCAAGUAUCCAACUGGUUUGCGAAUGCCAGGAGGCGACUGAAGAACACGGUGAGGCAGCCAGACCUGAGCUGGGCGCUGAGGAUCAAGCUCUACAACAAAUAUGUCCAGGGCAACGCCGAGAGGCUGAGCGUCAGCAGCGAGGACAGCUGCUCAGACGAUGGUGACAACCCUCAGAGGACACAGAGCGGCCCCGAGGAGCUCAAGCCAAUGUACCCGGGUGUGAUCAAGAAGGAGGGCUCCUCCAUGGUGGGCAUGGGUAUGAAUAUGAGUAUGGGCAUGGCCAUGGGUAUGGGCAUGGGUAUGAGUAUGGGUAUGGGCAUGGGCAUGGGCAUGGGAGCGGGCCUGCGCUCUGCCGCCUCAUUGACCGAGGACUACGUGUCUCCACCCAAGUACAAGAGCAGCCUGCUGCACCGCUACCUGAACGACUCUCUGCGCCACGUCAUGGUUGCCAACGCCGUCAUGGACGCCCGCAAGAGGAACCACUCCGGCUCCUUCAGCUCCAACGAGUACGACGACGACCUGCUCUCGCCGUCCUCCUCCGAAGCCGAGGCGAACUUUGUUUAUCGGGCUGAAACCACAGACCAUGGAUCAAGUAAAUGUGACAAUGGCAGCGUUGGCGUAGGAGCUGCGCAAAAGGAAAGAGUGAAGGGCAAGGACGAGACAUACUGGAGAGAGAUCAACGCCGCCAUGGCCUUGACCAACUUGGCGCAGGGUAAGGACAGCCACUCCGGGACCACCAGCUGCAUCAUCCAGAAGUCCUCCCAUAUAGCAGAGAUCAAGACUGUUAAAGUGCCGCUGAUGCAGAAAUAUUAGUGCUGACAUCAUCCCCACAUCUCUCUAUGCAAACCAGCAAACAUUCCUGUUCACCAGACUUGCCGGAGUCCAAUGAAACUCCCAAAGAAGUGAAAAGAGAACUGUCGUUUACAGAGGGGGUGUUUGAGGCGAGGAAGUCUGGAACAAAAAGAGAACUCAUUCUUUUUUUUUCUGUUAUUGGUGUCUGAAAAAGUACAAAAGGUGCCUUGACCACCAUUUUCUUUGCUGGGUUGGAAGACAAAUGUUGAUGAGUUUCACUGCAGUAUUUCUUAAGACAAGACACUUUUGUAAUGUUAACUUAUUUUUGAUGAGUAUGAUUUUUUUUAUGUCCUACUUUUUUAUUCUACAAAAAAAAUGUGUAUUUCGCCAAAAGUGCCUUUUGUUAUUUAGACAAAUAACUAGCCGACUGUGGUCAAUGCAAAGUACAGAUAAUGAGGUGCCUCUUUGGAAUAUUCUAGUAUGUUAGGUCAUGAUUCAGGAUUGGUUUUCUGAAUGAAACCUACCCAUUACAGCCUGUGCCUUAAGGACUGAAUGAGCUCACCAUCUAAGGCAUACACACACACACACACACACACACACACACACACACACACACACACACACACACACACACACACACACACACACACACACACACACACUCUCUCUCUCAAAAAAGUACCCAGCAGUAUUUCGCUAAAGGCAUUGUGCCUAUUUUGACUGGAGUCUUCAUUUUGACUGUAAACCGAACACUGUUUUGUCUUAGCCAGCAGCAAAAUUUUCUCCUUCUUGUCCAUAUGUCGGCCUUAGAUUUCAUUAUCCAGCAAAAGAUUCCUUUCUUUUAGUUGCUGAAACAUGCACAAGCAAUCAGCUGGACCCAAAUAAUGUCACGUUCACCCACACAGUCUCACAGAUUUACAUAGACCUACCGGAGUAUCUGUUCCGACAGAAGAAUGACUUGACCUGAAAGGGAUGUUUUUACUUAGCAUUAUCAGUGUUUUAUGUGGACAGUGUUGCCUUUUGUGCAGAUAGUCUUGAGUUAACGAGAAAAAAAAUCAUCCUCAGCCCUCAGCUGUUUAGCAUUACAUUCAAAUUGCUGUUUACAAAAAGUCAGAGGACAGACUUAAAGGUUUUAUUUCCUCCCCUCUAGCUUCCUUGUUUUGUCUGUCUUUGAAAUGCAUUUCAGUAUUAUCUGUUUGUCAGCCAAGCAACAGUUGGAAGUAUUUGUGUCCGUCAGUGUGUAUAUGUGUGGUCGUUUUGUUUCUGGUCAAAACUUCUUUACCUGGUUUCACUUAACCCUACCACAGUAAGAGCUUCUUUUGUCAUCCAAUGGAAAGACAGUCUUUUCUAUUAAGGAAACAUGCAUAUGUUAAAAACGUUUGCGGCGAACGAUGCCAAGUUUUCAAACUGGGGGAAAUCGAGUUGGACUUAUGGGAGAAACUGAAGUUGGCUCUGUAUGCUGACUUUUUAAUUGUAUGUAUAUCUUUAAGGUACUGUUUAUGUGUGUCAAAAUGUACACUCCUCCAUAAAUUGUGCUAUUUUUUUUGGACAACCCAUACUGUGCAUAUGGUCAAGGACUUUGAGAGGGAGUGCACAAAGUGACUUGUUGACCUUCUUUAUGUCUUGAAUGUGCAAACUGGUAAAAAUAGAAAGAAAAAUCUGCACUUACAGUUUUUGUUUUGUAACCAGAAAACACACAGCCUCCAUUGAGAGUGAAUGGUAUUUCUACACAAAGGUGAAGAGAAGUUAAAGAAAAGAAGGACUACCCUAUAUUAUUCCUGUUAGCGUGCCUAUGGAGGUAUAAUGAAAUCUAUCGCACUAGCCAAUCCCCAGGCACUGUUUGCUUAUGCAGUAGGGGUUGAGGACUCCCACAUGUGUUUUUUAUACACCUGAUCCAGGCAGGGUAGCUGUGGGGUAGUGCCGGGCCCGCUCCUUGUGUUUUUAAUCGCACCUCUGAACCUCUGGACCAGUCGCGACCCUCACACCUCACACGAUACCCACUCCCUGGGAAGAGAGAGAGCGAGGGAAGGAGGCUUCGGAGACAACUGAGCAGCCUUUGUUGUUCCUACCUGCGCUCACUCCCCAACAACCUCACAAGUUCUAACAAAGGGAUUUCUACGGCCAUCAUUUUGGUACUGUACACACCUUUCUCCAGCACAAGCCCUGCUUUCACAACCAAGCUGAAUAAUAGAAAGCAAUGGUAUGUAUUAAAGCCUAUAAAUUAUUAUUAUUGCGGACUUUGUAAAAAAGAAAGUGGUGACCAUAGUUUGUUUUUUUAUUGUUAAGUUAUAUAAAUUGAGAUUUUCUUUUUUUGUUUGUUUUGAAAGAGACUGGAUUAUCAAUCCAAUGACCAAAUGCAUAUCUCCUUGUAUUGUCCGAGUUGCCCUCAUGUAACAUUUCUUUUAUAAAAACAGUUGUUGCUUGGUCAAAGCAAAUAAUGAAUGAAUAAACCUCUGAAUGAAA